AUGCAGCGGUCGCUCUACGUGAUCUAUGGCAUUUUAUCAUUCUAUGUACGCUAUUCAUUUUUAUCUACACCGUCUACGGCAAUCUUUCAAUUCACGGAAGAAGCUCGAGCUGCAAUUUGUCCAUUUGUUGGUACUGAAGGAAUGAGAUGCUUUGAUGGUAGUUCUAUAAAGCCUUCUGGCAGGAUGCAUGGUUCUGACUAUGCUAAGCUACCACGCGGCGUUGGUAUCUGUGUGGAUCGAAGUACUGGUCGACUCAUGGCUCUGGCUGUUCAAUUAACAUAUCCACCUGAAGGUACUCGUGUGUGGACUGAUGGCCAUACCGGGGCUAUGUUUGAUAUAUUCAACGAAGCAAUAAUUGGACCAGCUAAUAGAGUGGUAGCUGCUUACGAUACAGCGCGUGUGCAUAUCUUUCGAAAUGCCUCACAACUAAAUACAGCAUGGCGACAAACAUUUGCUGAUAACAGAGUUCGUGGCGGAGAAUUGGCCCGUCCACCUGACUUGAUGGAAUAUUUCGACAGCUAUUUCGCCCAUGGUCACGCACUGGCGCUUUCUCAACGUGUGAUUGGUCUGUAUACACUGACCAUAAAUGCUUCAACUAUUCAACUUAAUCCAUUUGCGCGUCAUGCACUUUCUCAGUUAACAACAACGUUCGAUCCCGACCUCUAUGAAGAUUUUGUCGAGGCUUGGGGAACAUAUAUCAUUACUAGAUCCCUUGUUGGUGGCAUGAUCGAAGAACGAGCUCAAGCACCACGAUGUCUCAACGCCGGUGACGAUGGUGUCGUCGCUCAGUGCAUACCGUUCUCGGACCGGAUUCCAGUAAGUUCCAGCUGCGCCUACUAUGCUGACCGAACACGAAUGAUCUCGAAACGUCAUCUUGGCGGCAAUAUUCAAGUCGAAAACGAUAACGACUGGAGAAGAACAUUGGCUGUUGGGCCAGCUCUCCUGCAGAUUCUUGAGAUGGUUCCUUAG